AGCAAGGUAUUUAGUUGGUGUAGUUAGUAGCCCAUCCUUCAAAGAUCUUCAACUUGCGCGAUGGCUGGCUUUCCGUUUGUGCACAUGUGUCUGAUGGCAUUUGUUGCUGCUCAGCCCCCAUUCCUUGUGAGCGAGGCAUGGAGUGACAGCACUGGUGCCAGUUUCAGUGAAGGGAAUGUCAUCACUUGCACUUGGGGAGUGCUUUGCCGACAUGGAUUCAGCCGCAGCGGUCCAGAUGAGAUUUGCGAAAGCAGCUUUGAAUGCACCCCUGCAGAAGUAGCUGUGGCGAGACCUCCCCUUGAACCUCUCCCUCCAGUCAUUCCCAAGCCUCCCAUGGGAGCUCCAGUGGGACCUCCACUUGAACCUGCUCAAGUUCCUCCAGUACCAACGAAGCCUGGUCCACUUUCUCCGACCAUGGGCAACACAAGCAACGCGUCAGGCCAUCCAGGCCAUCCAAGCCAUUCCGUUGCUUCGAACGCUAGUGAUGCUUCUGCACCUCAUGAAGUUCCUCCAGCGAAGCCAGAGGCAAAUGGCACCAUGCUUCACAUGCCUAGCAACACCUCUGGAUUGAACAAUGCCUCAGGAUUGAUCAAAAGUUCAGGAGCAAGCAAUGUUGCAGCCCGCCCUAGCUUGAGGGGAAGUGCUGGGAAAGGUGGAGUAGCAGAGAAACCGGAGGAGACACCGCAGGGACCUCGGCGCUUGAAUUCUAGGUCCCAUGGAGACAAGAUCACCUGUGAAUGUGGUGUUGUUUGUCAGUGGGGUUUCCACAUGGAAGGGGAAGAGAAGAUUUGCAAUGGACCACUCUACUGUGAAGAGUGCAUGCCAGAGGAGGAAUGGGGCGGAUCAGUUGGUGGUGUGUGAAAGAAACGAUAGCGGCAGUGAUUCCGGAGCCUAAAGCCCCGCUCCAAUUUGUAUAGACCUGUUGGUUUCACUUCCCAAUUCGGUUCUUUCUUACACUCUUUUGUGUACAGGCCCAGGGAAGCCUCGCGUGCCACGCAAGCUUCCAUUGAGGUAGAAGCGUUGCAAAGCAAGCUUGGGGCUUGCGACUUGCAG